GGGGAACUCUUCGUUCGUCCUCUUCUUCCCCUGUCGCCUUUCCCAAAAGGCCAAAACCCUAAACCAUACGCGCCUAACUCCGCGUCCUCCCCCCCCUCCCUCGAAGCGGCCAAGGCGGCGGCAGCAGUGCCGGCAUGGGCGCAAUGUCGGCUUCGAUUUCGUCGGUGAAUUGGCUAGUCGAGGAUGACAUCCUUCUCAAGAACGCCGUCGAGAAUUAUUGAACACUGAUGGUAGCAGCAGCCAGCGCUCUCAUAUUAAUUAUGUUUUGAAGCAAUGUCCUGCACUAUGUAGCAGCGAAUCAGCAGCCUAAUCUAAUUGAAAUGGUUGCUUUCUCUAAUUCACAUACUCUACCAUGUUAUCAUCAAAUAUAGAUUAUUUCCGUUGUCCCUAUAUUUUAUUCUAAGCAUUUUUCCUCAAAAUAUACUAUGAACAACUCUUGUUAUUUAAUCUCUAGGUCAGCAUAUUGAUCUAGCAAUAGUUCUAAUAAGUGGGUGUUAUGGUUGGUAUUCCAUACAAACACAGAAGCAAAGGAGAAGAGGUCCAGCAGGAGAUAAGUCCAGCUAUAAAAUAGCUUAGUUGGUUCAAGUCUGUUUAGAUCCGGCCAGUUUGUUAGGACCUCCCAUUUGUUAGGGAGUCGGCCAAUUAGCAAGACCUUAUCAGAUUAGGUCCUAGUCAGGUCCAUUUAUAUGAAACAAUGGAUGAAAUAAAGAGAUUGAUCCCUGCUUCCCCGUUUUCCCUUACCUUCUCCAUCUUCACGUCUGCCCCUGUGUUCCUCGUCGGCCAUCAGCACGGCACCUCUUCGUCGCCCGUCUCUGAGGCCGCGACCGGAGAUCUUCCACAAGUACAACCUGCGCUGUAGAAGAGCCCACACCAGUGGGUUUGUGAUUUUGUGAAGCCAACACAGCUGGUGCUUCGUUAGAGUCCUUAGCCAGAGGAGCUGUAUGUUUUUCCCGUAAAUUCACUCUUCAUGAAAUACAGGACCGCUGGAAUUCAUUGCUAUAUGACCCAGAUAUCUCAACACAAGCAGCUUCUCGGAUGGCUGAGUAUGAGAAUGAACUUUCUACUUCCGAUCCAGCCAAGGCACAUAAACUUUUCAACUCAAAAGCAAAGGAUUUUUCAUUUCAGAAACGGAAAAUAGACAGUGUAAAGAAUCUAUAUUAUGCGAUGAGAAAAAGAGUACGCAAUGAUCCACGCAACAGUGGCGACCUUGGAUUUCUUGUCCCCUGUUCGUGUACGGCAAUUGGUAGUGAGUGUAUCUGUGGAGGCCUACCUAACAAUAUUGAACCAGAGCUGAAUUCAGUAAGCCGCUAUGGGCAAGUAGGUUCAAGGUACACCAUUGGACAUUCAUAUUCUGAAAUGAACGAACAUGCUUUUCAUACGAAGCAUACUGAAAGCAUGACAAGAGAUGGGGAUGGCACCAGUAAUGUUGUGUAUGGCUACUCAGAUGUAGGCCAACUAUAUGAACAUCAUGCGUACACAGCGAAUAAUCAUGGGAAUAGAGAAGGGAACAAUCUUUCUCUAAAGAGUAUCACAAAUUUUCAGGAUUCUAUGCAGUUUCAGCAGUUGGACAACAAUCAAUGUGGUAAUGGGGUGGUAGACUCAAAGGCUUUGGUGAUCCCUAACCAUUUCAGUGGAAGUGUGCAGGAACCUAUGCCUCUCCAAAUGAUUGGUCAACCUGAGGGUUCUGAAGCACCAGGUGGUGCAAUCUUGAGUCUUCAGCGAAGCGACAGGCUCGCUCUUGCUGAUGAUAAGGAUGUAAAAUCAGAAGACAGGGACCCUCUCACAUUUGAAGCGCAUUUAGAUGGUGGGAUAUCUGGUUUAGAUCACGCUACUGAGUUUAUGGACUUCCCAUAUUUCACUAAUAGUGAAGACCUUGAUAUCCUGAAUAGUGAAAAUCUUUUGAAUUCUCCAAGUGAGGGAAUCCAGGAGGAUUUAGACGAUACUGCAUUAGUUGUUCAUGGGGUUAGAUCAACCAUGCAAAAUCUGGUUCAUGCUGAUGAAGCCAAUAUGUCCUGUGAUCAAAUAGAUCUUGGUGAUGUGAAAAAUAAUGUAGAUGCUUCUGGUAUAAUCUUAUUUCCUACUUCAUUAGUAGUGCCCUGUCCUGGCCUGUAUGUUGAGUGCAAAUUGAACACAGAAGAUACUGAAAUUCCUUGCAACGACGAUGUUUCUACACCAACAGAGUAUCCUCUUGAAUGCUGUACUUCUACCUUUGGGCAGAAAUCUGAGAAUACUAUCUAUUCCGUCUCCCCUGCAAUCAGCCCUCCAUCAAUUGCUGAACAGCCCAACCCAUCCACUUCAGAACAAAAAGAAGAUUCAGUGGCUCAUGACGAAGGUGGUGUCCUAGGAGCUAAACCAUCAGAAGGUGCUUUAACAGUUGGAGGCCUUUUGCCUGGUAACAUUGACACAAAUGAUGCAAACACAUGCAUGCUAGCUUUGCCUUCUUUUAGCACUGCUGGAUUUGGUGAAGGAUCACCUUGUAGUUUAGGACCACACGAGAGCUUUGAUAACUCUCAUGGUUUGACUUUGCAAAAUUCAGUUCAAGCUCCUGAUCAGAUGCAACACAACUCACUUGAUGGUAAACCAGAAUUAGGUGACAAGGCUGCUCUACAGAACUGUAUGCCAUCAAAUGCACUGCCCGAUUUGGAUAUUCAGAACACUAUUGCAAAUGCGCCAACACCAGCUCAAGCAGAAGAAUGCCCUGACUAUGAAAAAGAUGUUCCAAAUUACUAUGAUCUAGAAGCUUUGAUUCUUGACCAGGAUCUUAUCCCGUGGGACCAAGACUCCGAUUUUAUGCAUCCUGAAGUUACCGGAUUUCCUCACCCGGAAAGCAGGAAGGCAUUGAUUAGAUUGGAGCAAGGUGCUCGGUCUUGUAUGAACAGAGCUAUCAUGUCGCAUGGUGCCUUUGCAGUUAUCUAUGGAUUGCACUUGAGAUGCUACAUAAAGGAUCCUGAGGUUACUCUUGGAAGAGAGACAGAAGACAUUAAAGUUGACAUUGAUUUAGGAAAAGAAGGGAGGGCAAAUAAGAUAUCUCGCCGACAGGCGGUUAUCAAGAUGGAUGAAUCUGGGUAUUUUCAUAUUAAGAACACUGGAAAAUGUCCAAUCUUUGUUAAUAGCAAGGAAAUACCAAGCUGCAAACGCAUCAACCUAAGCUCAGACUCAUUAAUCGAGAUAAAGGACAUGAGGUUUAUUUUCCAUGUAAACCAAGAGGCUGUGAGGCAGUACAUUGAUCGUGACCUGAAGCCAGAACGCUAAUUUCCCCUGGCUUUCCAGUCAGCAGCAGCCUGUGAGUGACUGCCUCAUUAACAGCAAUAGAAGUAGCAUAGCAGUAAAUUUGAGUAAGCAUUGCUCGUUUAGGAUGUUCCUUCAUAUGAUGUUAACAAGUUAGGUUCACUUGGCUCCGGUCUGUAAAUGGUUGUAGUUUGUUGCGUUUUCUGUCUGUUUGGCGGGCAUAAAUCAUGCAUAUAACCAGCGCAUUUGCUUCCAGUUUGUACCUACACUCCCAGGAAUGAUUUCAUUUGUAAUACUGGCACCCUAGAUUGUGGUGACUGCCGCCAAGAGCAAGAGGCAACCAAUGCAAUAAAGUGCGGAAAAGAAUCAAUAGAAGGGUAGAUUCUAGGGUAGAACAGGAGGAGGGUGCACUUGUGCAAGAAACCAUUCGGUUCUUGCGACGCUAUAAGCAUAAACUUUAUUGGUUUUUAUUUAUAUACCCUGAUGAUCUUGAAGCACGAACUCUGAAUCAGCUCUCGGGGCUUGACGGUGGUGGCCUGGUGGGUUUUACACAUUUGCAGAUGUUGGAAAAGCAAUGCGCUGUGGUGGGUACUGGAGUUUUUUUUUUACCUAAAAAGGAACUUGUGCUGACACAGUUUUGCUUUGGCAUAUGCGAUGUAUAUAUGCCUCUCGGCGAUUGCUGAUUGGUUUA